UCCUCUUUUCAAGGGAUCCAGAAAUGAUCUCUCCAAGCUACAAAACCGUCAUCCAGGGCGAAGCCUCCGAGACUGACUCAGAGGAAGAAAUCAAUUGCUCAGCAUCCUCUCGGGCUGCCUUUGAAAAGCCUGCUGGACUUCAGGUCGCUGGGGAAGCCUCUGAAACAGACGAGGAAGACGAAGCCGGAAUUCCCGCUGGACCGAAAGCCGAGGCGAAAUGGAUCACGCCAGAUUUGCCUCCCCUGAUCGUUUACAGGGAUGAAGAUUCGGAGUCUCCCACCGCUGUCGAAGAGAAGCCCGCCCUUCACAUCAAACACCGGGGCCGAUACAGCACCCUACUGCAGCAGAAGCUGGUGGAGAGUAACGCCCGCUUAUACUACGACAUCCACAACACCAUCAAACAGGUUUACCAAACUGCCAUCAAGGAGAUUGGAGCCAUUACUGGGCAGCUGAGCCAUUCCCAAAAUGGCAUCAUCAACGCUUCACACAACAUACGGCUGGUUCUGGACGACCUACGGACCGUGGCAGAAAAAAUAGACAUUAUUAACAGCUGCAGUUUGUUACCGGAUAUCCCGAUAGAGAUGCCUUCAGCGCACACCUAAGAGACGGACGGACACAGUUGUUCAAGGGGGUGAGGUUGGAUGGGACCCCUGCUUGUAGAGCUCAGCC